GGAUUAGGAGACAACACGUGAUCGGGAAGUGGCGACGAGCCGCGUUUGGAGGAAGAAUCAUUUCAGGAGGUGUGUCCAGACUGUUGACAUCGAGAACGGGAGGAAGAAUCAUUUCAGGAGGUGUGUCCAGACUGUUGACAUCGAGAACGGGAGGAAGAAUCAUUUCAGGAGGUGUGUCCAGACUGUUGACACCGAGAACGGGUAGCUGCACAUAACAUGUCCUCUCCAGAGAUCGCCUCUCUCUCCUGGGGCCACAUGAAGGUGAAGGGCUGCUCCUCCAGCUACAAGGACUGCAAGGUCUGGCCCGGAGGCAGUCGGGCCUGGGACUGGAGAGAGACCGGGACCGAUCAUCACCCAGGAGUCCAACCUGCUGAUCUGGAGGAGGUGCUGAAGAAGGGAAUAGACUUGCUGGUCAUUGGCAGAGGCAUGAGCGAGGCUCUGCAGGUUCCCUCCUCCACUGUGGACUUUGUGAAGCAGAAAGGUGUCGAUGUCAGAGUCCUGCAGACGGAGAAAGCCGUGGCUGAAUACAACAAACUGGCUGGCCAGGGCGCGAAGGUGGGCGGGGUCUUCCACUCCACCUGUUGAUGAUUUCACCCUCGCCUUGCUGCAUCCUCUGGGGUGAUCGACGCAGUAUGGGGGGGCAGCCCGCAGUGCACAAUUGCCUACAGUCUCCGUUGUGCCUCUUGUAGCUCUCAGCGUGACUACAGAGCACUGAUUUAGGGUUAGACUGAAACAAGUGGGAAAGCUUUGAUUCACGAAGAGUGCUGGCAACUUUAGAAAGCUAAUAGAACUCUAGCAGUCUGAUAUGUAUCAGUAAACAGGAGGCCUUGGUGUAUCUGACUCCAGCUGCUUUUAGGAUGAUCAGAUCUGUGGAAUUCAGGUUGACUGAUGUAAUUUGAACAGUGACUUAUUAAAUGUGGUGGACUGUGCAAUAGAACACUAACACGGAUCACAUCAGUGGUGGUGUUAAUGAUUAAUGUAUAAUACAGUUUUUCUGAGGUGAAAAUGUAUUUCUGCUUGUUUGCUACACAAAAUAAAAAGAGAAACUGAAUCAUCUCCA